CAGCUGCAGCAAUGCGAGGACUUUUACUCUUUCACAUGUUUGUCUGCUGUAUCAUGGCAAAGAAGAUGCGGUGGUGCACGGUGUCGGAUCCUGAGCAGAGGAAGUGUGCAGAGCUGGCCAAAGCUCUGGUGGCGGUGCUGCCUCCAGCUGUUGUGGCAGCGUUUGCAAGACUCUCAUGCAUCCGAGCGUCCAGCACAUCUGACUGCAUCGAGAGGAUCAGGGCAAACCGGGCUGAUAUAGUGACAUUAGACGCAGGGGAGGUUUAUUCUGCCGUGAAGCAGUUCGGCCUCGUUGCCAUCGCCAAGGAAAUAUACAGUGACGGAGGCUGCAUUCUGUCUGUGGCUGUGGUGACAAACAGCAGCUUGGACAUCCGCUCCCUGCAGGGCCUCAGGAGCUGUCACAGUGGCAUACGGUGGACAGCCGGCUGGAGUCUUCCUCUCGGCUUCCUGCUGUCCAGAAACUACCUGAGCUGGUCAAAGGAGCAGCCGCUCAGUCAAGACGUCAGCACGUUCUUCAGUGCCAGCUGUGUCCCCGGAGCUGCUGCCAUGGCUCCUCGUCUCUGUGCUCUGUGCCAAGGCCAGAAAUCCUACAUUCGCCAGAAGAAUUACCGCUGUGAAACAUCCCAUAGUGAACCCUUCUACAACACCCAGGGGGCCCUCAGAUGUCUGAGGAGAGGUGCAGGGGAUGUUGCGUUCGUGGACAAUUUAGCCCUUGAAAGCAUUAAAGAGAGCGAUGAGUUCAGGUUACUGUGUCCUGACGGGACACAGGCUCCUCUCAGCCACUACAGAACCUGUAACCUGGGACGAGGUCCGGGCGGAGGCGUCGUCACCAGGUCCAACUUUCGCAAGGUGGCUCGCAAAUUUCUUGUGACAGUGCAGAUGCUGUUUGGUCAUCGAGGGAGAGAGAGACAGCGCUUCCAGCUCUUCAACUCUUCUGCUUUCGGGGAGAACGAUCUCCUCUUCAAAGAUCUCACAAAUAAAUUAUCCGUCCUUCCAGACGACAUGGACGUCAGUCAGGUGCUGGGCCUGGAUUAUGUGGCUCUGCUCAAAGGCCUCGGACAUGAAGGCAGCUCACUGCAGGACAGUGUUGUGCGAUGGUGCUGCAUCAGCCACGCAGAGCAGAAGAAGUGUGAACAGUGGGCGCUCAGCAUCAAAUCAGAUCCUCUGGUGUGUGUCAGAGCCGUUUCAAUGCGGGACUGUAUCGAGAAGAUCAAGAGGGACGAGGUGGACGCUGCCUCGCUGGAUGCAACACACUCCUUCAUCGCCGGAAAAUGUGGUCUCACCCCUGUAGUGACAGAAUAUUAUGGAAGGAAAUGUGUGCUCACUGGGAGAUUAACUCACCUAGAGACUGAUGUGCUGCCCUCGGUGGUGGGUGUAGCAGUAGCUAGGCGCUCCAGCAGGAGUGUGUUCAUCGGGAACCUUGGAGGCCGUCGCUCCUGUCAGGGUCACAUGUACUCCCCCGCCGGCUGGAUGCUUCCCUACAGACACACCUUGAGUCUGGAGCACAACAGCAGCUCCUGUGAUCCAAACCAAGUUUACAACAACGUGUUCUGGAAGGGCUGCCUUCCUGGCUCUCAGGGGAAUCUGUGUAAAGUGUGUAUGGGAGGCAGUGGGGAGGCCGCAACCAGACGCUGCGCUGACAACCACAAUGAGCGUUACUAUGGAAACAUGGGGGCUCUAAGGUGCCUGGUCGGAGAUCCCAGUGGAAAGAGCUACGGCGACGUGGCCUUUCUAGAGCAGCACAACCUUCAAGCCAACAUCCUCAGUUUGAGCUCCAGUGGUUGGGCCGAGGGUUUGACGUCGUCAGACAUGGAGCUGCUGUGUGGUGACGGCCGUCGGGCCCCGCUGGCGGAGUGGGAGAGCUGCAACCUCGGGGUCAUCCCACCGAACACUGUCAUGACCCGGCCGGUGCUCACGGCACGUGUGUACGACUUCCUCAUGAAGUCACAGGAAACUUUGGCAGCCAAACCAAAUGCAGAGUUCCAGCUCUUUGAGUCUCAUCCGUACGGAGAGAGCGAUCUGCUGUUCAAAGAUUCAACGCAGUGUUUCGUCCACACGAGUCACAUGGAUUACCGUUCCAUCCUCGGUGAGGAGUUUUACUCCCAUGCAGAAUCCGUCUUCAACUGCACGCACUCUGAUAUCCUGGAGUUUUGCGAUCAGGACGUGUGCAGCAUAUUCUAACAGACAUAGAGAAGGAAGCAACUCAUCAUGUCCUUCUCGAUGGUUAAAUCCUUCACUCGCCUUAUCUUCCUCCAUAACUGAUGACUGCAAACAAUCAAUUAUAUCAUCAGGAUCAUACAAAAACUGCUGGCAGUGUGGUCGUGAACAACAAGGGUUGAGAUUGACACGGAGGACAUUUCAAAGACUCAUCAUUAUUUUUGCUUUCUCUUCUGCAACUUCAACAUGUCAUUAAUACAUCUUAUCAAGUUGAAGUGAUGUGUCAUGUGUAAUCUGUGUGUUUUAAAGAGAGAGGUAAUGCUUUCCUGUGGCAAAUGGUUUCAAGCUUGAAAACACAAACCUGACAUUGUGAUAACCUGUGACGAGGCCCAGCUCUGGUGCCUGCAGUUUCAGCUCGAUCCUGAAAGGGAUAGUUCACCCAAAAAUUCCCUCAUUAUCUACUCAUUAUCCACAAUUCCAAUAUAGGGGUUUCAGGUAGAAACAGUGUUGCGGCCAAAUACAAUUGAUUC